AUGGAUGGAAGGGAAGGCAUGGCAUUACACGGUUCAGCUUCAUAUUACCUCAAUAGAGGAAGCAUUGGUGGGUCUGGUGGUUCAGUGACCGGUCCUAAUGCUCCGGCUGGUGGCGGUUCGGGCAUGCCACAGACUGGUGGGUUCCAUACCCCUCCUGGUUUUAAGAACUCCUCAGUUCCCACCUUCUCACUGCAGCCUAAUGCAGGGGUUAGUGGUGGUUCUGUGAGUGGUUCAGCAUUCCACGUUGAGAAUCCAUCACCCACUUUUCCUCGUGCCACGAGCACCGCUGCAACCUCUAGUGUGACUCCUGGUUCUGAUUCAGGGAAGAAAAAGAGGGGUAGGCCUAGGAAAUAUGGUCCUGAUGGAGCUAAUAUGUCUUUAGCAUUGUCUACUACCACGCCUUCCUCGGGGGUGAUCACACCCGGGGAAAAACCGCGUAGAGGGAGACCUCCAGGGAGUGGAUGGAAGCAGCAACUUGCCCCCCUUGGUGAAUGGAUGAACAGCUCAGCUGGACUAGCUUUUACACCUCAUGUCCUACACAUUGGAAUUGAAGAGGAUAUUGCAGCCAAAGUAUUGGCAUUUGCACAACAGAGACCAAGAGCUUUAUGCAUCUUAUCAGCUAAUGGAUCAGUUUCCACAGUAACUCUACGACAUCCUACAACUUCUGGUGGCACUGUCAUGUAUGAGGGCCGUUUUGAGAUACUAUGUUUGUCAGGUUCUUACUUGGUUGCUGAAGGUGAUGGUCCUUGCAAUCGGACAGGUGGUAUAAGUAUUUCAGUUUGUGGUCCCGAUGGGCAUAUUUUUGGGGGUGCUAUAGGUGGUAGGCUCAUAGCAGCAAGCCCAGUUCAGUUAGUUGUGUGCAGCUUUGUGUAUGGUAGUUCUAAGGCCAAGAGCCAAACAGAGUUCGAACCAAAAGAUGAAAUAAAUCCAGCUAACCAGUCUGUUGAUAAAUCGUUAACACCAGUUAGUGCUGCUUCCAGUCAAAACUACGCUUCUAACUCUGCAACCGGUACUUGGCCAUCAGGUUCACGGCCGGAUGUGAAAAAUCCUCAAUCUGAUAUUGAUUUAAUGCGCGGGUGA